AAGGGUUUUUUAACCCGAAAGCUUGCUUAAUAACUAUUCUCCAACCAUUUGGAUUGGUCUAAUAAAAGAUAUCAAAUUCACCCAAGGAACCUUGCCUGCCAUCAAUUACUUAGGCACUCUUAUACUUUCAGACUACAGUUUUUCCCUCAAAACAGUUCCGUGCCUUGUUUUAGAUCAGACUAGCUUCAGCAGAGCCGCAGCGGCGCCCUGGUCAGAUCGCUGUUACUGCACUUCUCCGGCUGGGACUCCGAGUGCCGCUGUUGGCCAAUACGGAGCGGCGCUGCAGACUGGGAUCCAUUGGAGCCUCCUGCAGUGCGCUUGCUCAGACAGCGCAGAGCAGGGAAGAUGCAUCAGAAAAAGCUGAUUUAGAAUCUCUACAAUUGCUUUCUGAAAAGGAAAUCACAGCAGAGUGCUCGGUACGGAUAAUCAGCAGACAAGUCAGGCUCUGCGUAGCCUUUCGGGCUGAAGAUAUUCUGCGACCAGAAAGGAAAAACACGAGGAAAAAAAAAGUCGACAGGGACUGGGAUGGAAAUCAGACACAGAGAGCCGGACCGGGCUCCCAAGCGGCAAGUACUGUCCGUUAUCCUAUUGCUGUCUCUGCUCUGCCGGGAGGUCUCUGCGCAAAUUCGCUAUUCCGUCCCCGAGGAAAUGCCCAAAGGGUCCCUCAUGGGCAAUCUCGCCAAGGAUCUGGGACUGACUGUGCAAGAGCUGCCUGGUCGCAGGCUCCGGGUUGUCUCUGCAGCCAGAAGACAAUACUUCACGGUGAAGGGCGAAAACGGGAACCUGUACGUGAGUGACCGGAUAGACCGGGAGGAAAUCUGCGGGAAGGCCCCGCUCUGCGCUCUCGCUUUCGAAGCCGUGGUGGAAAAUCCACUGAACGUUUUCCACAUCAACGUCGAGAUCCAGGACAUCAACGACAACGCGCCGCGCUUCAUACGAGAUAACAAUACACUGGAGAUCAAUGAAUUGACGCUGCCAGGAGCCCGCUUCUCGCUGGGAAAUGCCCAGGACCCGGACGUGGGCUCCAACUCCCUGCAGAGUUACCAGCUCAGCUCCAACGCCAACUUCGUGCUGGAGGUCAGGGAGAGCCAGGACGGGGAAAAGUACGCGGCGCUGGUGCUGCAGAAGCCUCUGGAUCGGGAAAGGCAGCCCGGGCUGCACUUGGUCCUCACGGCAGUGGACGGGGGGCAGCCCGCCAGAACCGGCACGGCUCGCGUCUGGGUCAACGUCACCGACGCCAACGACAACGCGCCCGUCUUCACCCGGGACGUCUACAAGGGGCGCGUGCGGGAGGGCGCCCCCGCGGGCUCCCUCGUGCUCCAGCUGAACGCCUCCGACAGCGACGAGGGCGCCAAUGCGCAUGUCACCUACGGGUUCAGCAAAGUUCGGGAAGGUCCGAAAGAGGGCCAGAAAUUCAGCCUGGAGGCAGAAACGGGGAGGAUCACGGUGAGGGAGCCGCUGGACUUCGAGGAGACAGCAGCCUACACCUUGGAAGUGGAGGCAAAGGACGGCGGCGGCCUGGUGACCCACUGCAAAGUGGAGAUCGAGGUUGUGGACGAGAACGACAACGCGCCCGAGGUGACCUUCACCUCCGUGUCCAGCCCCGUCCCCGAGGACUCCCAGAGUGGCACCGUGAUCGCACUGAUCAAAGCACGGGACCGAGACG